AACAGCAUUUCAUUACCGCAUCCUGUUUUUGAGACAUCCCUGAGACAUCCCUUUUCCGGCCAAAGGAAAAAAUGAUAAUGGAGGAAGGGGAAAUUUCUCUCCCUACUCAAUCAUCUCAUUACAGCUUUAUAAGCCCUGACCAUUGACCAGAGAUAUCAGAAACCACCACCUCUGCUCCCGCAUAUGUAUGUACACUACUCCUCCUCCCCCUCCUCCUCCUCCUCCUCAAGGUUUACUAGUAAGCCGAAUAAGGGCCUAAGCAUCUGCAUAUAUACUCCACUUAGUACUAAAGAAAAAACAGAGAGCGAUAACUGAUAAAAUGUCAAAAACGGGGGCGGCAAUGCAUGUGAAAUCGGACUCGGAGGUGACGAGUAUAGAUCAGGCCUCAACGCCUCCCCGGUCGCCGAGGAGGCCGCUUUACUACGUGCAGAGCCCAUCUCAUUCCCACCACCACAAUGACGUCGACAAAAUGUCUUACGGCUCCAGCCCCUUUGCUUCCCCGGCUCACCCCCACUGCCACUACAACUACCAUUACCCCCAUUAUCACUGCUCUCCCAUCCACCACUCCCGCGAGUCCUCUACUUCCAGAUUCUCUGCCAAAUUUCCUGCUUUGGGCUGGAGGAGGAUUCAGACCAGCUGCCGCCUCGACGACGACGACGACCACCGCCAAGCCGAGAAGGAGGACGAUGACGACCAACACCACCCUGAUGACGAUGAGUGGGACGGUAGCAAGGCCCACCUCAAAUUCUACGUUCUCUGCUUUCUCCUUUGCUUCCUGGUUUUGUUCACCAUCUUCUCAUUGAUUCUUUGGGCUGCGAGUGCUUCUUACCACCCCAAAACCUUCGUCAAGAACAUUGUGUUUGAGAAUUUCAACGUACAAGCAGGGAUGGAUAGGACCGGGGUACCAACGGAUAUGUUGACUUUGAAUUCAACAGUGAAAAUAUUCUUCAGAAAUCCAGCGACUUUCUUCGGCGUACACGUCACUGCCACACCUCUUCAACUUUACUAUUACGACCUCAAGGUUGCUUCUGGUCUGAUGAAGAAGUUUUAUCAGUCAAGAAAGAGCCAACAAAUAGUAAUGGUUGUCGUUCAAGGUUACCAAGUUCCUCUUUAUGGUGGAGUGCCAGUUUUGAGCGGAGCCAAGGGUCACCUUGAGAGUGCAUCAGUGCCCCUUAACCUGACUUUCAAAAUGAGGUCAAGGGCUUAUGUUUUGGGAAGGCUGGUGAAGCCAAAGUUUUACAGAAGCAUCAUAUGUGCUGUAACUCUGAGAGGCAAUCAUCUUGGAAAGCCUGUUAAUCUUACAAAUUCCGAUAAGUGUGUUUACAAAUAGGUGAUUGGGCUUAUGUUUUUCAAUUAUUUCUUUUGGGGAUUGAUUGACAAAUUAGUGGAGCAUAGAUCUGCUUUUCUUAGUUUUCGCUGGAAUGUAUAUGCAUUGACUCUACUGACGAAGGAUACCUUUGUAUCAGAGGAAUUGGUGACCUUACUUCAGUCUUGUAGUACAUGUUCUGACAUUAAGUUUAAAUGUAUUCUUUUGGU